AUGAGCACGUCGGCUCACGACGAACGGCGGCUCUUCGAGCAUUUCGUGAUCGCCGGCCUCGACGAUUCGCAGCCGCUCGAGCAGUUGACGCCGUCGUCCCAGGAGUGCGGCCUUCGGAACACUCAGCCGUUGGCUCCGAUCACGGACAUCACGGUCAUCUUCCCACAGCUCGGCGAAACGGUAAAGUCUUUCACAUUUUGUAAGGUAGAACUCACUGUAAGGCUUCACCUUCUUUAAUGGCUCUUUUGACCAUCUGGCGGGUCUCCUCUCGCCCGGGCCGACCCGUCUCAUGCGCAGCUCUGUUACCGGGUAUAAAUCCGCCCUUUUGAGUUUUUUAUAAUUACUUUGUUCUACGUGAAAAUGCAUCUUUUUGCCGCUCAGAAACUACUUUAGGGAUGUUCAAAACUUACGCAAUUUCUUCUAUAUCUUUUUUUAGUCUGAAACGACUUAAAAAUCUUCAUUGAAGCUUAAGUGAGAAUCAAAGUGGAUACUGGAACUCCAGAGUGGCCCCUAUAAGGGUAAGGGAAGAAAAAAACCCCUAUAGGGAUUCAGAGUUUGACCCCUUAGUCCCUAGAGCUCAAGUGGACCCUAUAGGGGUCUUCCCAUUUCAUUUGAAAAACGCUCAUUUAUCCAGUUUUCCGCAUGCUUCUUCGCUUAGAGUUCAUAACAAUCAUCGACUAGCAUGUCCCCUAUAGGGCCCACUUUUUGCAAGCUUUAGUGACCCCUAAAAGGUUGGUAAACUAGACUUUAGAGGAUACCAUUCAGGGAUCCCUAAUAAUGCCCAUAUAGGGACUACUCUGGAGUUCUUAAUAUAUGUUUCAUUCUAAAUUUAAAUUUAGCCUUCAAACUUUGGGCAGUGGAAAUAGGUCUUCUGACCAACCUCACAAAGAAAAAAAUUGUUUCAAGCUUCCUGGAAAAUCUUGUUUUCUCACCUCUCCAAGAGCAACAUUUUUUUUUUCAUUUGUGGCCCUUUUUCAACACGCUAUUUUUGAGAGAAAGGCCCUUGGAAGGCGCUAGACGGAUUAUUUUUUUAAAUGUACCUUUCGAAAUUUUUUUAGGCGCCUUUCCUUAACUCAUCAGUUUGAGCCUCAACUUAUCCAAGAAAGUUCAUUUAUGGGGUUUUCAAACUUCCCCUCCCUUCAAUUUUGAGCUCCCAAGAGUUUCGCAUAUUUAAAUCUCGUCUUUUUAGCCCCCUGAAGGAUUCGAGGUGAUAGAAACGACGACAUUAGGCUAUCCAGCCGAUCUCAAUCAUGGAUCGAUCCGAAUUCCGCCGGCCUUCAUCUGUUUUCGACGGGGCUAUCAUAAACUUCCCCUCGUCGAUAUUGGAAUCCUCGAUGAAGGUGAGAAAAUAUUCAGAAAAUCAUAGGACCAAAAGAACUUUACCAUUUACGACUUUUUAUAUCCCCUUCUCAAAUCGAAAAACUCCGAAAAGUUUCUUUUCUUGUCGUCCUAAAUAGAAGAGAGAUCCCGAAGAUUGGAGAAUUUUCAAAAAGGAAGUAGAUUACAGAGCAUGUGGAGAUGAUGGAACAUUCCAGGGGAAAGUUAUAAAACAUUCAGAAGAUUUUUUAAAGGAUUUUAUUGUAAUUUUGACAAUUAAAAGUCUAGAAAACAAAAAAAAUAUUCCAGGAAAAAAUUCAAUAUAAACGCGAUUCUACAACAUGGGUAAUAAUAGGUAAAAUUGGAAAUGAUUUUAAAAAAAUCUUGAGAACCGGUUCAAGGUCGCCAUGUGACUUAGUGACUUUACCUUAUAAAAUAGAUGAUCACAGUAUUGCAUAGUUGAUGAAUUACAUGUAUAGGUAUGUUGAGAUUUUAUGAUUUUUUAUUUCAAUUAAAAAAAAAACAUUCGUUUUUUUCUUAUGGAAAUGCUUUUUUGCUUAGAGUUCAUAAAAAUCAUCGACUAGCUUGUCCCCUAUAGGGACCAUUUUUGCAAGCUUUAAUAACCCCUAUAGGAGGAAAAGCCGUCUAGGAAUGUUGACCGAUAAUAAAUUUUCGGGGAUGUUGUCUAGAAGAGAUUUGAAAAUUUCUGAAGGGAAAGUGACGUAGAUUCUGGAACAUGUUUUGUUCUUAAUGAUGGGAAUUAAUCAAUGGAAAUAUUAUUCUAACUUUUUCCUAGGCCGUGGCGACAAGCCGAUGGUCGAUUCAAACGUUGUACAGACGACUCCUUUUGGCCAUCCUGCCAAUGUAAAUAAUGCUUCUCAGGUGAAUUUUUUGUCAGGUUUUAUAAUUUGAGUGGGCUAGUGUUAUCCUUAUAGAGAUCUGAACAAUUUUCCUCUGUGAAAAAGAGUUAUUUUGCCAUGUAAUUCCCAUUUCUAGCUCUUUCUAUGGCCUUUUUUCACUUCUUCAUUAUCUAAUCUAUACAUUAGAAAGUCAAUAAUAUUUUUAUCCUUUGGGUUUUUUGACUUUCAACCUUUUCUAGCGCAUUUUCUGCUUUUAGGGAAUUUACCUAACCUAUCGCCGGGCCCAGCCAAGCACUUCGCCCAGUCAAUUUGUCGUCACGGACAUCAAAGUCAUUUUGGCGAAUAAAGGAGAAAUCCCGCCCCAUACCUACUUCAAAAUCCCCAAGAAUUUAAACAAGGUUUGCUUAAAAUUCGAGAAUUUUUUUCAAUCUGUAAAUUUUCAGGGAAUGGUCGGCUCGGACGUCUUCAUUUGCUACAAGAAAUCGCAGGGAACGUCGAAAAGACUGGCUUAUAAACCGAUUGUGAGUGAAAAUCGAGAAAAAUGAAGGAAAAAAACAACUUUAAGGAUCAAGAAUAGGUUAUAAAAAAAUUUUAGAGCUUGAUUUUUACCGAAGUUUAUUGGUUUCAUUUAAAAAAAUAGGCGGUUUAUAGUUCACAAGGAAGUGACUGAAAAACCAUAGAAUCAUCGUAAAUGAUCAAAAUUUGGCUUUAAAAAUUUUAGAUCUUGGUUUCAGCAAAUUUUUGUCGAUUUCCUUCAAAAAGCGAGUUUUACUGUUCACAGAGAAGUGACUAGAAAACCAUAAAAUCAUCGAGAAAGGAAUAUUUCAGUUAAAUCUAAUUUUUCUUCACCAUCUGUUGCAAAUUUUUUAUAAACAAGGUCUAAAGGCGGAAAAUUUUUUCAUGGCCAUGUAAGGAUUUUAACAAGCUUCAGUAAGAAUUUUGAAACGAUUGGAAAUAAAAAAAGAGAUUUUUGAGUUAGGGUCCGAAAAAUCGAAAAACUAGAUUCGGAAAAAAAAAUUUUCGAACGUCUUUCUAGUUAUUAGAGGACUGAAAAGUUGAAAAACUGGAUAAUCAUUUGGCGUAAAUUCACAGGCACAGUCCAAACGACCUCAAAAAGGCCUUUAAAAGAAGAGCUUGAGUUCCUAAAAAGGUGUCAAAGUUUCUCGGAAUCUCCUUUUUUCCCGCCCUGUUUUUAUAAGACUUCUUGAGAAGCUAUUAUUAGAAAAAGAUCCAGAAAAAAGCGCUUUUGAGGCUUUUUUUUUUCCAAAAGUCCCUUUUGAGACCUUUUUGAACUUUGCCCGUGUUAAAGUAUCUAAGAGUUUUAUCGAUGAUCCUUAAAAAAUCAUAAUUUAACUUGGACAAUUAUUUUUGGAGCUAUUUUUCAUCAUUUUUAUGAGGAAAUCUCUCGUUUCUAAGCAGUAUUUCAUGUUUUCAGAUAAUAUUUGGAUAUUUUUGAAGGUCCUCGACUAUUUCCCCCGGGCGGACCAGUCCCCGGCGAUGGAAGAUUUCAAAUUGGCCCAAAAUGUUGCCAUGUUUUGCCUCCCGAUGGGCGCCUUGAUCGAAAGUUGGCCCGCAAAAUGUCAGCCGCCGGAUCGAUCUUUCUCGACUUUUGUCCUGACUGAUGAGGUUAAUCAGCGAAAAGAAAGCUUUGAAACGAAAAUUACACCAUUGAAAUAAUUAUCAAGUCACAGCUUCAUGAAUUUUUCCCAUGAAAGUUAGAUUAUUACAGCUAUAAUCCAUCCUUUUUUCAUCUUGUUGAAUUUAAAAAAAUUAUAUUUUUUUCCAGUGGAUCUCUGGUUUUGUAGCGCAGAGAACAGUGGGAAUGAAAAAAAUAUAAAAAAAUUUUUUUCAGAGUUUGAAAUAAUUUUGUCGGAAAUUUAUGUGAAAAAUUCAUUGUUUUUUUCCAUUUUUUUCGUAAUUUUCUCAGAUUCUGGAGUUUUUCGAAUUUCUGGACGAUUUUAUAAGUUUUAAACUUAAAAUUUCACCUAGAUACUUGAAAAAUAAUUGUUCAUUUUUUUCAGGGAAAAAGCUACAAAAAAAUACUCGAAAUAAAUGGAAAUUUAUCAGAAUUUUCCCUUUCACUUUAGGGGUUCUCAUUCAGUUUUUUUAAAUUUCUCAAUUUUAUGUUUUUCUGGACCAUUUUGAGCACUUAUGACCGCCAUUUUUCAAAAAUUAUAAACCUUGCGAUUAUCUUUUUUUUUCCAGAACGGCACAAAAUUCUACGGAUCCGCAGUGACUUUCUACGAAAAAUACAAGAAAUCAUUGACGUAUGCGAUUUUUCCAACUCAAGAAUUACACAUGAAAUUCAGAGAAGAACAGCUGGAUAUGUUGGAUUUGGCCGGACACAGCGAAAAAGAUCAAGAAGGCGGAACUGUCGAAGAUUCGGCCAGCAAUAAUGAUCCCGCUGAUGAUGUUUCGAAAAAAAAAUUGAACUUAUUUGAACUUUUUGUGGUUUCAGAUGACUUUCUACACGAAUAUCUCCAUCUGUCUCAUUUCCAGAUAUCCCUUCUUCAAUUCUUUCAAAGUGAGUUUGGAGGAAAAUCAUGCCGAAAGAUUUUUUAAUGAAAAAUUGAUUGGAUCAACAAAUAAUCUGUAAUAUUCUCAGUUUAUUCAAAGUUUGUCGAGAAAGAAUGAUCAGGUUCUGAAGAAAUUCGACCAGAAGCUCUGGGAAUUUGAGAAAAAUUAAUUUUUCAAUUUUCUAUCAUUUCAUAACAAAAAGUAUUCAUUAAAGGGUGACUGGGAAAAUUUUUAGUGGCCACUCUAGAGGCUCUUCGAGGCUACUUGGAGAGGACACUAAAGUGGCCACUAAACCUACCUCUAUAGUGGCCAUUAUUUUCCGUUUUAGUGGCCACUAAGAGGUUCUCUAUUUAGUGGCCACUUCAGUAGUUUUUCAUCCAGUAUUCCUUCCAGUUACUCUGAUAAUUUUGAAACAAACAGAUUGGACUAGUUAUGUUGAUCCAUUGACCCCUAAAGUGGCCACUAAAGCUUUUAGUAUUCUCUUAGACCUCUGAAGUGUCCACUAAUUUUUAACCCCUCAAGUGACCGCUAAUUUGACCUUUAUAGUUGGCAUUGAAUUGUUAAAAUCCUAUAGGGGCCACUAAAAAUUUUCUAGGAUAAUGAAUUUUUAAAGUUAUUAAGUUUUUAGAAAAAUUGAAAGAAAGUUGGGUUUUUUUCUCAGUCUAUUGGCCGUUAGCUUAGUUUUGAAACGAUUCAACUAUCAAAAAAAUAGUGAUUUGAUUGAUUGUUGUUGUGAAUAAAAAGAAAAUAUUUGAUUUAUGAAAGGUCUUGGGUUCUUUGGCAGAGUGGCCUUCUUAAGUUCAACCGAGGAUUUUUUUCAAUUUUUUGGGUUUUUCUUUAUUCAGAUUCACUCUCAACGGAACAUUCUGAUGCUUCGAACAAUCCCAUAACAAAAAAAUAAAGUUUGGAUAUUUUCAUUUUUGAUGCUUUGAAAAAAAUUUUUCUCAUAAAUAGUGAUACCCUUGAAAAAAACCCCUUUAACGGCUUUAGAUUCUUUGAAAUCAUAAAUAAAUGAAUAUUUAAACUUCCUAAAAAUGAAAGACUAUUUUUUUCAGAGGUUCCUGUAUUUUUUUGCAUCGAAUGUCCUGCUCGGGAGCCCAACAGCAAAAAAACAUCCGGUCCCGAUCGAAAGAUAUAUUUCGCAUUUGGUUCGUUUUUUUUUAAAAAGGAAGAAUUGUAUAUUUAUAAUUUAUCCAAAACAAUAUUAUGUAGCUUUUUAGUAAUGUUUGAAAAGCCAGAUUUCAGAUGUACGAAGUCUCGUUCCCGACCCCCAGACGACCGCGGGUGUUCAUGCAACUCGGAGCUGAAAAUAUCAGUUUCGAUUCGCACGACGAGAGUCAAUUGCCAUUGAAUGGUGAGAAUUGAGAUUAAAAAUUUUGAGUUUUCUAAAUACAAUCGAAAAAGUUCCUUGCAGUAUGAAUUUAAGUAAUUAUAAUUUUACAUGAAAUUUAGAAAAAUACAGGAAAAAAAUCGACAAAAAAAUUGGCUCAAAAAUUAAUCCGAAAAGGCAUUGACAAAUCGAAUUGAAAAUGAAGUCUUAAAAAAAUUUUUUUUCUCCAUGAGGAAAUUGGAUUUUUUUGAAAAGUUCAGGAAAAAAACAGGCAAAAAAAUAUAAUCAAAAAAAGGCUCGAAAAAAACCUGAAAACUUGAUGAAGACUAACCUUGGGCAAAAGCAGAAAAAUGACCUUUUUUAUUUGAAUUUUAAUAAUUUUCAACUCUAUUUAUCAGAUAAUUGAGCAUCGUGUGAAGUUUUUCCUGAUGUAAUUAUUAACAAGGACCCGUUUGACCCAAAUCUCAGAUGAAAGACAAUUUUUUCAGGCGCCCAACUUCUCGACGCCUUGAAAUGCUUGGGCGUCGAAAAUCUGAUGUAUUUGAUGUUGUUGGCCCUGUUGGAACAGAAGAUUUUGAUUCAUUCCUUGAGGUUUGUUUUUUUUUUAUUAGUUUGUGCUCCUAGUUGUACUAUUUCUUGAUUUUAUACGUAUUGAUUGUAUUGAUUCAACUCGUUUCUGUUUUUAAUUUUAAUUUUCUUAGCUUAAAAGUCUUUCUUAAAGCGAAAAUUUUCAUGUUAAUAUAUUGAGAAAGACAGAAAAAUGUUGUCAGUAGAAUAAGGUUGAUUUUACCUUGAAAAAAUAGGCUUUUUUUUUCAAUAUGCAUCCUUUUUUUUUGUUUUCUCCUAGGUAGCAUCAACUAAGCCUGAACGUGAUCUUUUAAAGAAUUUUUCUCUUUUUCUUUAUGUAUAAAAAUCGGUUCUUAUUUAAGAGUUUGGCGCCAAAAGGAAUUUGAACCGAAAAAAAUUAGCCAAUUAAUUGUAGGCCUUGGAUGCUGACGGCGGUGGCGGAAAGUAUGUGCGCCCUGAUGUUCCCGUUUCACUGGCAAUGUCCCUAUAUCCCGCAGUGUCCUCUCGGCUUGGCUGGAGUUCUACACGCUCCUUUGCCUUUUAUUGCUGGCGUUGAUUCGAGGUGAAAUUUUUAAUAGAAAAGUGAGAAGCAAUGAAAAGUUUGAAAAUUUUGAGGUUUCUGCAAAAAUGCUCACGAGUUUCAAAAAAAAAACUGUUCCGUUGGAACUUGUGCGUGAAGGUUUAAAAAAACGCUAGUUCAGCGAAAAAAAUUCAGAAGACAGCUACACGAAGAUAAAUCCUUAUGUUAAUAUUUCAAAAAAGAUUGAAAGAUGUUUUUAGUUGAAAAAGUUUAAUCAGAAAUAUAUAUUGCGAAAUUUCCUAAGCUGAACUCUUUCUUUUGAGCCUCAAAACCUUCCACGAAGCAUACAGUUUAAUUUUAAACCGGUUAAGAAGGAAGGAAAGGGAUCUUCAGUUGCAUAAGUUCAAUUACAAAUUUAUUGAGCUAGUAUUUUUUUAUUCCGAGCUUCAGAACCUUUCAUUUAACGGAGCUUUCAGUAAUUAUCUCUCAAUGAAAGACAAAAGGCGUUUUUUUUAGUUUAAUUAUUUCAACUCAAGAUGUAUUUUGUCGAAAUUUUUAAGCUGAGCUUUCCAUUUUUAGAUACUUUGAGCUCUACGAAGAUCCGCCGAUCGACGUGACCUGUUUCGACCUCGACACUUCCACAAUCAGUUAUUCCUCGAUUCGAGCCGCUUUGAAACUGGGAAUGCUGCCCAAAAAACCGGCGAAACAGCUCAAAUCUUCCCUGGAGCAGAUCUAUCGAAAGUGAAUAAUUUUUAAAGGGUUGCAUUAUUUUAAAAUGGCUGCAGAAAGAGCGUUUUUCGGCUGGAAAAUGGCCUUUCUCCUGGUGUUAUUUUUAAUAGGGUGUUUUUCUCUUGAAAAAGAUUGGUUUCAUAAUAUAUGGUAGAUUUUGAAAAUUUGAUGAUUUUUUUUACAGAGAGCUUUUUUAAAAAAAUUGAUUUUUCCCUCGUAAAAAAGAAUUUCCAGGCUGCAAACCUCCGACUUUGAAAGCUCGACAAAGACGAAAAAAGUGGAAUAUAUUCCGGUGGACCAGGACCUUUUGAAGCAGAAAAAACGACGGGAGUACGAGCUGGAAGUUCACGACGCGUUUUUGAAGUGAGGAGAAAAAUUGAGAAGAAUGAAAGUUUUUCAGUAGGUUUUUCAGUGGGGCACGAUCAAAGAAGUUUAAGCCUGAAAUAUUUUUGAAUACCGUCUGGUCCUUUGUUUAGUUUCUCAAUGAAAUUCCUAAAAAUACCGUUAUGUGUGUUUUAAAAAAAUUUUAGGGUCGACUAGGAAAAAAGUAAGAAAUUUUCACUAAAAGUCCUACCGUAAUCCAGUGAGGGGCGGAGUCUCACAGUAACUAGCCUAAAAGUUUACAAAUCAUGUCUAGUGACUAUGAUAAUAAUUUCAACUCUCAAAACUUCAAAUUCUUGUACCAACGGUUCAUCGACUUUCUCUGAGAACAUGUGAUAAUGAUAUUAUUGAAAAUGAUCCUCAGUACUGGAUGAAAAACUACUAUAGUGGCCACUAAGGCGCAAAAUAGUGGCUUUUAUAGAGGUGGUUUCAGUGGCCGCUUUAGUGUCCUUUCUAAGUCCUGAGAAACCCCUUAAGUGGUCACUAAAGUCUUUCCCGGCCUAGUGGAAUUUUCGAGAUUUUUUCUAUUGACUUUGAAAAAGAACAACUUGAAGAUCCGGAGUUUUUUUAUGAACAAAAUUUUACCUUCCAAAGAAUUUUAAGCUUGAAAAAAACUUUAUAAGGAUUUUUUUAAAGAUAAGGGCCCCGGAAUGAUCAGAAAAAUAAGGUUUUUAUGUGAAAAUUCGGUUUUUUUUGGGACAAGAUAGUGUCGAAUAUACUGAAAUUAUUACAAGAAAGUUAUAUUUUUUCAGAUUCAUGGCGUCUUUAAUGAAAGGCUACCAAGGCUUCCUGCGGCCGAUCAAGUGUGCCCCGGCGACGGCUCAUGCCACGGACACCGGCAAUUUGUUCGACCUCGACGGGUUCCUGAGAAGCCGCGACAAGUCGGCUGCAGACUUCUUUAAGCGCUUCUCCGAGACGCAGUCCUUCAUCCGGUUCAUAGAGGAGAGGAGCUUCGUUUCCGACAAGAACAUCUACAACGCCUUUUUCGAUGAUUGCAUCGCCAAGAUGACCAAUGCGACGAUUGGUGCGGUUUUGGAAUUGUCUCGGAAUUAUUUUGGAUGAAAAAUUCAAAGCACAGAAAAAAAGGACUAAAGUUUCCUUUGAAAAAGCGUCUUUGAGGCGGUUCAGAUUCUGAAUUUCAAGAAUAAUGACGUCAUUCGAAGAAGUUAUGUGAAUGGCUCGCUAUCUGAUUGGUUUAUCGAGCCAUUAGGGGCGGAGCUUGAGCAACAACGACAUUUAUAUCAGAAGAAAAUUAUGAGCUUUGUUGAGAAAUAUCGAGAAAUAAGCCUUGCCUUUGUUGAAUUUAGAAAAUUUAGUUCUUAAAUUGGCCUUUAAUAGUUCUUUUUAUAACUUAUAUCUGUAUAUGUGAUACUCAGAAAAAAAUGUUAUUAUAGAAAAACUAAUUGAUCGGAUUGGCCAGGAAGUUUAUUUUGAUUAAAAAAAGCGUUUAGUUUGUACAGAAAAUUUGAGCAUAAUUUAGUAAAUCAGAAGAAAAUACUUAUUUUUUGAAUUUUUUAAUGGGUUUUCAAACGGUUUUCAGUUGAUUUUUUGAUUUUAUGGGGCUAAUUGAGAAAUUAAAAUGGAAUGAACUUGAAAGUUAUAAAUUUUUUUCAACUUUGCGAUUUCAUAUUUUACCUAAACAGUGAAUAGCUACCAGUUUUCAUUUGAAUUUCUCAAAAAGCAAAUAACUGUAUUUUUUAAGGAUAGGUUUUAUUUUUUUCAGUUUUUUACGAUUAAGAGAGAUAUUUCAACUUUUCAAGUCUCGUCAAUUUUUUUCUUGUUUUUCCAGAAGGAACCGAGGCGAAUGUGCAGCUUUUGGAGCCGGGAACGUCUCAUUCUCAUACUACUGUAAGUUUUCCAACUUUUGCCCCUUUUUUUCUCGAUUGCUUGGAGUUUUCGUGGUUUCUCGUGAGGUUUUUGAAAAUUUAAACAUCUUUCUGGGAUUUCAGAGGUCUUUUUUCAAUGUUUGUUCGACUUUUUACCUUUUUCCAGAGAAGAAGGUAGAAAAAAUGCCCAAAAAAGCGCUUGAGUUUUAGAAUAUUCUCACUAAAACACUUGGAAAGGUGUUGCGAGAAAAGUAUAGCUGAUUCACGGCUGGUUUGGGACACAAAGAGGGCGUGGCCUGUCUGCGCUCUCCACGAGUCAAACACUGUCUCGUGCAUUAUCGUGUCAGGACCCUUUUUCCGAUGUCUCGAGCCAACCGUGAAUCAGCUGUAUACGAUCAUAGAGUCCCCAAGAAUGUCGUUGGUUUUGAAGCGUGGUUUUUCUAUAGAGCAUUUAAUUUUUUUCUGUUAGACUUUUUAGUGUCGUUUAUCCUUGAUUUUCUUAUGUUGGUUUCCGUGAAGAUCCAGAAAUUUAAAGCAUCUUUUCAAAGACGCGGAUUCAAUCGGCAAAGUAUUUUGCAGAAUUUUUCUGAUUUUCUCGGUACUUUGGCCAUUUUUCAGAAUUUUCGUAGUCUAGGAAGGCGGAAUACGUCACAAAACUGCAGGAAAAAGGAUCGAGAAAAAAAGAUAUAAAAUUUAUGAAAUCCCCUGAAUAUCGUUGGCUUGGUUGGCAAAGAGUGGUUUCUUUAUAGAGCAUGUAAAUCUUUCCGUUAGACUUAUUUUUUCUAGUGCCGUUUUUUAUAGACCCCGCCGCCCGAAGCGUUGUCGUCAAUGGUUUGUUCGCUUUUUAUAGAUUUUUGAGCACGGCUUUCUUUUGUGUUUCCCUUUUUAAUGGUAGCCACGGGGACUGACGCUUCUACUAACCGCUUUCCUUUUGGGUAUUUACAGGGAAAAUGGAGGUUUUUGGAUUUUUAAAGCUUUUUCUUCGAAGGAAAUGAGUAUGAAGGGAGAAUAAUGUAAUUUUGUAAUUUUCAAAAAUGGAUUUUCGUGGAUUAAACUGAAUUUUCGGGAAUUUCCAGGGAGGAAAUUAAAAUUUCCAUAGUAAUUUUCGAAUGAAUUACACUUUUCUACUAAAAAAUCGCUUGGAAAUUCAAAAAUUUUAAUAAUUUCAGAAGAUAAUAGUGCUUUUUAUACGGAUUUUGCAUUUGCGACUCAAAAAUUUGAAUUUCAAAGUACUAAAAAUUUUCAAAAACCGAUCCUUUUCCAACCUCCAUUUUUCACCACUGUAUUGGGAAAAAAACACUUUUCGCGAGAAAUAUCAGAUUUUAUAGGUGUUCAUCCCGUCGCCAGAACCUGUAGUUGAUCCGGAAACCAGUGAAGAAGGACAGUUCGUAUACGAAGAAUUCCCGAAACACUUGAAAAGGCCCCUGUUUCAACUGGAUCGAUUGGAUCGAACUGCAUUGGAGGCUGAGAAGCUCUCCGUUAAUUUUGGUUGGAGUGAAAAAAAGAUGGGGGAUUUUUGCGCAACGAGUGUUCUUUCAGUUUCUGUGUUUGAUUUUUUUACGGGUUUUUUAAGGUUUUUUUUUUUUAAUUUAUGAUUUUGAGCUUCGAAUUUGGAUUUUAUAAUUCUUUUUGGUCUCCUGAGAGUACAAGACAAAUUAUUCUUGAUUAGAAAAUUAUUAAGGCUUUUUUGAGUUCUCUGUAUAAUUUUGAACCGUGGUGGAGACAGUCGUUUACUUCGUUUUUUUACUAAAAAAAUUAAAAAAACUUGAUUUUUUUGAGAUUUGUAAAAAAAUUAUUUUUUUGUCAUCAAGAAUAAAGGUUCUUAAAAAAAGCCUGAUCAGUACCGAAAAAAAUUUGAUAUUUCAUCAUUUUAGGCAAAAAUGUUCUAUUCAAGCUUCAAAAAAAUUCAUAACUCGUAAAAAGAAAUCAACUAUGAGUGCCCUUAGAAGGAGGUACCACCCGAAGAAAAAAAAAGCAUAUUUUUAAUGAAGGAUGUUAAGAAGACGUGAAAGUUACCCUUUGAAGAUUUUGAGGGGGGUUCGCUUGAGGGAACUAACUAGGGAACGUUUAUUACCCCUCGGUUGAACUUCCGAUGAAAAUACGCAAAUUAGGCCAAAAAUGCGCUAUUUUAAGCUUUUGAAGUGUCCUAACUCGAAAAAAAACGUUCCCUAAUAAAGUUUCAAAAAAUAUUUUUAUGCUCCGUUGCGCAAAAGAUCCAAUGUCGCAAAAAUUUGAGGUCUCUAGUCAAAUGGAUUCUUUCAGAAGAUUCUCGGUGUACAGCGAUAAGAACAAAGCCCGAGACGAGGUCUUCCCUUUUGGCCGCCAUCAACGCCGUCAAAACGAAUCCGCUACAUGUUAGUUUCAGAGAACAAGAAUAAGAUUCAGAAAAAAAUCUGCGUAACUUCUUCGAAGCGUACCUCCAAUGUACGGAACAUUUAUUUCUUAACGUAGCUUAAAAUUGAAUUUAAAUAUUUUUUUAUAGAAAUUCGAGGAGUAGUUUCAGAAAAAUAAGAAGAAUAAAAAAAGAGAAUCUUAAAAAUAAUGAUAAAACAAAAGAAAAAAGAAAAUUUCAAAGAUUUUUAGAGAAGAUGACAAAAAAAUAACUUGAGAGAAGAUAUGAAAAAGCUUAGUUUUGAACUGAGUUAAAAUAGUGAAAACCAUCCUUGAGUUGUUUUUUCCAAGUCGAAAUUUUGUUUUCUCAAUAAAAAUGAAGUUUCAGGUUUUAAAAUGAAUUCCAGACAAAUUGAGCGAAAGACAUUGAAAUACGUUUCUUCAACGGCUUAAAAGUUACAUGAAAAAUGCGUUUCCGAUUUGUUUUUGAUUAGCUUGAUCCAUAGAAUUAGUGGCUUGUGGAGAAAAAUUUUGACAAACUAUUGAUUUGGAUAAGUUUUGAAUGACCUUUCAAAUAUUUUAAGUUACGAGAGGAAGAAAGAAAUCUUAAAAGCUUUAAAAAGGCUGAAUUUGAAAAUUGAAUCAUAUCUUAAUCUUUAAAAGUUUACAAAAUGAUGGAAUGAAAGAUUUUUUGAGCCAUUGGAUAGGGAAAGGGUACAAUUUUUUGUCAUUUUCAAUUUUUUUGCGUUUUGAAGUUUUUUUUUUAUGUAUUUUGAAGGAUAUUUAAUGAAAGCAGUUCUUCAGCUACAUUUUUUUUAGUUAUUUGAAUUAGAGAAAAAGUUAUUUUUUUCCCUGAAUUUCAAUAUUUAUUUCAUUAUUUUUCGAGUUUCAUUGUCGAAUAUCACUUUUCAAAGUGCUUCAUGAAAGAUAUUUUCAUUUAUUUGAAUUUUUUUUUGAUUUUUAAAUUAUAAGGUUAUCAUUUUUCUAUAUUUCAAGUGUUAUUCUAUCAAUAUCCGGUUGAAUAUCAUUUCUUUAAGGAUUUAUUUUUCAGUGGGCCAAAACUCUACUUUUCUACUCGUAUUCCCUUUGGUUCAUGCAGUUGGAAAGCUUGCUGAUCGCUGCGCCCAACAAGAGGAAAAUCCUGAAACUAGCUUUCAAUGUCCUCAAUUCGCCUUCCCAGAAAUUGAACAACUACAACUUUCAGGUCCUCGAAAGGAUGGAAAGGACGGAGAUUUUCCCGCUCGACCAAGUUUGCUACAGGAUUUUGAUCGAAUUGUGCGGCAAAUACGGGGAACCCGCGAUGGCUGUCAAAGUUCUGCAGGUGGGAAGGGAGAGUAAAAGGAAAAUAUGAUUUAAAAGGAACGAAAAGUCAAGCUUUUCAGGUUUUUAAAUUAGCAAAUUCUCGCAGAAAAAGAGGAUAAAAUUAAUUUCUAGGAGAUUCUUGUCGCUAUCAUUCAUUUAUGAUGACUGGGAAAAUUUUUAGUAGCCACUAUAGAGGCUCGCCAAGGACUACUUGAAGAGGACACUAAAGUGGCCAAAAAAAACCCGCCUCUAGAGUGGCCCCUAUUUUCCGUUUUACAGGCCACUAUAGAGGUCCUGUAUUUAGAGGCCACUUCAGUAGUUUUUCAUUCAGUAUUCCUUCCAGUAACUCUGAUAAUUUUAAAACAAACAGAUUGGGCUAGUUAUGAUGAUUAUUGACACUUAGACCUCUAAAGUGGCUAAUUUUCAACCCCUUAAGUGGCUACUAAUUUGACUACUAUACUGGCCACAAAAAAUUUUCCCAGGAUGUGCCUUUUUUUCUAGGCAAUGCAACGAGCCGGCCUGGAGCAAAACGCUGUGACUUAUGGAAUCUAUCAUCGGGCUGUUGUCGACGCCAAAUGGCCUUCCAAUCAGAGGCAACGGGCGAUCCGCGCUUGGACCACUUUGAGGUUUUUUUAGGUUCUAAGAAGUAGCGAAGCAGGUUGUGUGCCUGUCUACGGUUCUUAGGGUUACGGGUUCGAUCUCCGACGGGGAUAUCCCCAUACGUCGGCUGGAUCCCAUCCCGGGAUGCGGCCUAACCCCCAUAGGUUUUUUUGAAAGUCUAUAAAAUCUACUUAAGGAAACGUUGUUAUUUUUUGGUUAUUUUUUCAAUUUUCGUGUUGAUUAGUACGUUGGGUAGUACUUAAAACUGAAAAUUUGAAAUUAGAAGCUCUUUUUUCGAAAUUAGAAGCUCAAAAUUUCCGAUUCUUGCAGGCUAGUCGUCCUGGCGAACAGCGCCUUUCUGACGACCGCUGGAAUCGAACCAAGACGGAUGUCCACGCUCGACACCAGGUCGUUCAGCGACAACGGCUACCACAGCGACAAGACCGAGAAGGACGACGCCAAGGAGAAGCCGGACGUCGAUUUCGUCAUCUCCUACCAUCCGCUCGACGGAAAUGAGGCCAAGGAACCCACCACGCCGCUGGACCCUCUCGGAGCCUUGGCCGUCAAUUCUGAAAAAGAUGAUGUUCGUUUUUGGAUUUUUUAGGGGUUUGAACGAACAUUCUUAUGGAACUGGGAGUUGAGAUUCCAAAAAGUUGUUUUGCCGUCAAUUUCGAAAAGAAGGAUGCUCCUUUUUGCGAUUUUUAACUUUUUGAAGCGAAAAUAAUUCUUAUAAGGCUGUUAUUCUAUCAUUAAAAAAUGUUGUUUUGCCGUAAAUCCCGAGAAAGAUUAUGUUUUUUAGGGCUGUGAGAUGAGUAUUUGAGAAAUUUUCUUUUUUUUUAAAUCCACAGUCACGUUUCUGAAACACACAGUCAGUAUGAAAAGGGUCUUGAAGGGAAAACCUGUUUUUAUGAGGUUAUGAGAUGAGUUUUUCGAGAAUUUCGCAAAAAUAUGGUUUCAUUUUCAAGUGAUUCUUGGAAUUUUAAGAAAAAAAAACUCGUUUUUCAUUUGUUGGAAAAAUUUUUCGACUGAAGAAACUUCAGUAAUGAAAAUCAGAUUGGGGAGAAAAAAAUAUUAUGAAUAUUUGCUCUAGGAGAAAAAAAUUCAAGCGAAUUUUUUUUGUUGAGACUAUCUGAAAGAAAUGCAAAAAAAAAGUCGGUUAGCUGAAAAAUUCUAGAAAAAAGAGCUCUCAAACGUUUUUUUAUGUAAUCAUCGUUCAGGGGUUGAUUUUCAGAAAGCUUUCUUUUUUUCAAUUUUCAUUUAUUUUCUCUCAAAAAUCACUAUUCAAUGAUAAUUUGAACUUUGGCAAUGGUCAACUUGUCCCGAAAUCAGAAGAAAUAGCAGUUUUCAAGUGAUAGGUCUUCUGAAACGAUAAGCGGAAAACCAGGCAAAAAUGAUAAUUUCGUUACUUUUCAGAGCCUCUCAAAAGUGACAAUGUCGCCGAGCCGGGCCAAAUUCCUGGCCGAACACGCCUCGACGCCAUUUUCCUCAGAAUCAACUCCCAAAAAUGACUCGAAAUCUGGCGGAAAAUCUGCCGGAUGGUUCAAAGGAAUCACCAACAGCCCGUUCAUGAAGAUGAUGAGGAGCUCGACUUUUGGUGAAUUUUUGACGGAAGAUCAAAGAAUCUGGUAUCUUCAGAAAGCCCGAAGCCGGUGGCUAGUGAUUCCGACGUUCCGACGUCGAUCAACAGUCCCAGCCUGCAUUCCUUGGUCCAUCAGGUCAAGAAGGGAUACGAUGACGUCGUGAAAGAUGGUCAGCCAUUUUCAGAGUGCAAAUAUCUAUAGUGCGUUCUGCGCGAAACUUUUACCUUUUUAAAGCACAAAAGAAAAAGGCUACCGUAAACAAAGCUUCUUUAAAAUCUUUUUCCUUAAAAAAAAUGCAAAAGAGACAGGAAAAAACGAAGGUCUUGAAGCGAAACUCCUUAUUUUGAUACUUUAGCGGUCUCUAGGAAUUUCCGUUUAAUUUGACACUUAAGGGGUCCCUACGAGGUUCUGUGUUAUUUUGAUACUAUAGUGAUCCCUACGGAGUUCCAUCUCAAUUCGACUUUAGCGGUCCCUACCAAGCUCCCUCCCAUUUUGGCUCUUUAGUGGCCUCCAGGAGGUUCUCUCUUUAUUUAUUUCUGUAGUGGUCCCUACGAGAUUCUGUCUUAAUUUGACACUUUAGUGGUCCCUACGAUGUUUUGUUUUUAAUUUUCACUUUAGUGAUCCCUACCAAGCUCCGUCUUAUUUUGGCUCUUUAGUGGCCUCCAGGAGGUUCUCUCUUUAUUUAUUACUGUAGUGGUCCCUACGAGGUUCUGUAUUAAUUUGACACUUUAGUGGUCCCUACGAAGCUCCGCCUCGGCGUUUCCUCAUUGGUCAGUGGUGUUACCAGAUCCUACGGGAACAUGGGCAGUGGGAUUUUUGUACAACGAGGAGAAGGUUCAAAGAAAUAUAUAUAUAUAUAUUGAAACUAUAAUGGUAGUUUUUUUGUAGGUUGUCAACCCUUAUCAAGUGAAUCCGAAGGACCCUGCCUAUCAACUGGACACAGGUAUCACUGGUUCGAUCCUUCCCGAGGAGUUUUGGAUGCGUGAAGUUUGAUUUUAUCCCGAUUUUUGAGAAAAAAAAGAGCAAAUGAAACAAGUUCUUCGGAGAAAGGCUGAAGUUUCCAGGAUUAAAAAUGAAUAAUAAAAUCGUGUUGGAAGCUUCAGAGCAUAGUGAUUUUUGUUCAGAAUGCUGCGAAAAUAUUUAUUUUCAAAUGAAACCUUGAAAUCUGCAUUUUAUUCCAGUUGGAACAGAAAAAUCAACAAAGAAUGUUUUUAACUGAUUUUCAAAUUUUGGAUCGAAAAAUGGUCAAAUUUUUCAUUCUAAUCUACUCUUGCUAUCUUAUAAAAAAUAAGGAAACGGAUAUUCAAGAUAUGGAAUUGUAAGAAAGAUAAUUAUGACUUUUGGGCAAUUAUCGUAUUUUCUAUUUAAAAGAAUAAUUAAAAAGUUUACGCGAAACGUAUCUUGAAAAGGUUUUUUAAUUUUCCGACCCAGUCGAAAAGUUUUCGAUGUGCGAAUUUCGGUUUGACCUUGACUUUUUUUGGAUUCCAAUUUAAAAACUUUAAAAUUUCUUCAAAGAAAAGCCGUAAUUUUCCGAAAAAAAAAAAAAAAUCGUAUGGGAAGUUUCAGAGCAUAGUAAAGUUUUUCGUUUCAGAAAUUCUGCGAAAAAUAUUUAUUUUUUUCAAAGUCAAAUCUGAAAUCUGCAUUUUAUUACAGUUGGAACAGAAAAAAAUCAACUAAAAGAAUCUUUUUGAACUGAUUUUCAAAGUUUUGGAUCGAAAAAAAUGGUCAAAUUUCCUUCUAAUCUACUCUUGCUAUUUUAUAAAAAAUGAAGAAACGGCAAUUCAAGAUAUUUAGUUGUAAGAAAGAUAAUUAUGACUUUUGGGCAAUGAUCGUAUUUUUCUCUUUGAAAAGAAUAAUUAAAAAGUUUACGCGAAACGUAUCUUGAAAGGGGGUUUUUUUAAUUUUUCGACCCGGUCGAGAAGCUUUCGAUGCGCGUAUUUCGAUUUGACCUGGAUUUUUGGGAUGUUCAAUUUAAAAAAACUUUAAAAAUUUCUUCGAAUGGAAAUUCAUGUUGGAAGUUUCAGAGCAUAGUGAUUUUUUUAUUCAGAAUGCUUCGAAAAAUAUUUAUUUUCAAAUUAAAAAUAAAUAUUCGAAUAUUCAACCUGAAAGGCCUUAGUUUUCCGAAUGGAAAAAUUGUGUUGGAAGUUUCAAAGCACAAAAGUUUUCGCUUAGAAAGCUGCGAAAAAAAGAUUUAUUUUUCAAAAGAAACCUUGAAAUCUGCAUUUUUCUUCUCGUUAGAACAGAAAAAAAUCAACAAAGAAUGUCUUUAACUGGUUUUUCAAAGUUUGGAUCAAAAAAAUGGUCAAAUUUUUCUUAAAUUCUUUUUCUUGCUAUUUUAUAAAAAAAUAAAGAAACGGAUAUUCAAGAUAUUUAAUUGUAAUAAAGAUAAUUAUGACUUUUGGGCAAUGAUCGUAUUUUCUCUUUGAAAAGAAUAAUUUAAAAAGUUUACGCGAAACGUAUCUUGAAAGGGGUUUUUCAAUUUUUCCGACCCGGUCGAGAAGCUUUCGAUCCGCGAUUUUUGAUUUGACCUUGAUUUUUGGGGAAUUCAAUUUAAAAAAACUUUGAAAAUUUCAAAAAAAGAAAAAGCUUUUUUUCUUUCGAAUGGAAAAAUCAUGUAUGGAAGUUUCAGAGCAUAGUUAUUUUUGUUCAGAAUGCUGCGAAAAUAUUUAUUUUCAAAUUGUAAUAAAUAUUCGAAUAUUCAACCUUGAAAUCUGCAUUUUGCAUUUCUUCUCGUUGGAACAGAAAAGUUAACGAAAUUCCCUUAUGAAUUGGUUUUUCAAAGUUUGGAUCGAAAAAAUGGUCAAAUUUCCUUCAAUUCUAUUUUUAGUAUUUUAUGAAAAAAGAAGAAACGAAUAUUUAGGAUAUUGAAUUGUAAGAAAAAAAUAAAAAUAGACAUUUGCUCUAAUGAUAUCGUAUUUUUCUUUUGAAGGAAUAAUUAAAAAGGCGACUUGAAACGUAUCUUAAAAAGGGUUUUUUCAAACAGCUGAAUAGUUUUUGAUUCGUGAAGUUUAUUGCUUUUUUUUUCAAAAUUUGUGCUUUGAAAAUAAAUUUUCUCGAAAAAAUGACCAUUCACACGGCAGUUUGAGGUUUUUUUCAAAAAUAAGGCCUUCAUAAAAGGUCUUUCAAAAAGUUAUUUCAAAUAGUUCAAAAAGAGAAUAAGCCCAUUCUCACAAUUUUUGUAAAAGAAAAAGUUAAAAUGAAAUUUUAAAUGAUAGAAAGAUAAAUUUUGUCUAUAUAAAAGCCGGAAAAAUGAUUAUUUUCAGGUUUAUCUGCAACUGAAACGUACGAAGGAACGAGAAGAACGUGGGGAUUCACAGGCGCCGAAAAAAAUUGCUCAACUUUGA